AUGGCCGGCCGGUUUAGAGGCGACGAGCAAUAUCCUCCGCGGCCGGGAAAUUAUCACACCAACAGCUCACACUCCAUCGACGGCCGCUACCAGCGAAUUCACGAUCGCAACCAUGAGCGUGCGCAAUCCGAACAUCCCCCACGAAACGAGCAAGGCCGUGUUCCCCGGGCGCUAAACUCUGCCUAUACAAGGCGACGACACAACUCACUCAACGCGUUUGUCGAAGAUGAGCGCGAUGCAUUGGCGAGAGAGCACAACCCAGCGUCGGCUGGCCUGUUGUCGGCGGGCGACGAUGAACCGAUACAACGCGGCGAUGUCGACCAAAUACCUAUACUGAUGGAAGUGGUCAACCCCGAGCGCCGCUUUGUUAUCAUUCCAAAAGCGCCGACUGUAGAACCGGAAGCCAAGGCGGCCGAGGGCAGUGGCCGGGGACAUGGCUCGGUUGCUUCUAGUGUAUCGAGCGUCUCGAGAAACUCCAAAACCUCUCAGGACUCAACCGGCUCCCCGUCUACAAUCACAGCUACGGCCUCUACAAUUACCUCCACAGAAUCAACAAUCACUCCAACAGGCUCGCCUUCCACACCUACUGGGCCGUCCAGUAGCUCGUACGGCGGUAUCCGUACGCCCCCCGCCUCAAGCCGGCAGCCAGACAAGGUCUCUGAAUACGAAGCAAACACCUGCCGCAAGUUCACCGUGCCGCGCAUCGAUUCCGAGCCUUACGGCAGCGGCGGCAGCGGCGGCAGCGGCAGCGGCGGUGGCAGCGGCCACCACGGCGACAUCAUCAAAAGCAAAGCCUGA